AUGGAUCCUACGUAUAAGUGCAUCAAGGCACAUUCCAAUUCAUCGGUCAACGCACUCGCAUUGCUUGAGAACACCGGGUUUAUGUUAACGGGCGGUGGUAACGAUGGCUUGAUCAAACUUACGCACAUCGAUGGUGAAGUGCUACCGUUUCCCAAGGAACAUCUGGGCUCAAUUAAUGCCGUAGAUUACCUCGACGAGUUGAUCGCAUCUGGAGGGGAAAACGAUAGUAUCGUCCUCUGGGAUCUUGUAAAGCAAUGCAAAUUAAAAAAGUUCAGAACUGAUCCUUCCAGUAUCUUGAAUAACAGUGUAAUGGACGUAAAUGUACACAAAGAUCUCUUGAUACUGUGUGGAACCAACUGCCAGUUGAACUUUCAUGAUUUGAAAGCUUCAAAUAUCAAUAAGCCAAUUAUGAUCUUAAAAGAUGCAACUGAUAGCUUGACAUCGUUCAACUACUGCUCUCUGCAAUACCAGGUAAUUGCAGGUUCACUAGAUGGGAAAGUAUAUAAAUACGAUCUUAGAAAUAGCCAAGUGUACAUUGAAAUGAUUGACGGUUCACAUUCUCUGGGAAUAUUGGACGUAUCAGUUUACAAGGACAAAUUGUUACUUACAUUUGAGAAUGGUGUAGUGAAAUUGGUCGACAGAGAAGACAUGAAUACGGUAAAUGAAAUACAUAGAAGCGACAAGAUUCUAACCUACAGAAUGAACUCGAUCUUGAUGGACGAUUACCAUUCCGCGACGAAGAAAUAUAUUGUCAGUGGAUCAGAAAUAGGUGAAGUAGGUCUAUGGGAAAUCAAUGGCAAGAACUCAGAAGUGGAAAAUCACAGAAAAUUGAGACCCGACAGUAUUGAUCCAAAGAAUAGCAACAUGCAAUUAUUGAAUAUAGUCAAGUUUUUGCCGUCCUCUAACAGGUUAGUAAGCUCUAGUGGAGAUGGCAGGCUACACAUCUGGGAUAACGUUGUAUGA